AUGGCGUUGGCACGAGUCACCAACUUUUCUAACCUCGGCGGUGGGCGCUUCACUUUUGACACCAUUCCGAAGCUGGCAGGUGAAGAUGGCGCUAGAGUAGAGUUUUCGACCCACGCGCAAGAUACGGAUGGGUUCAGUGCGUUCAUGGAGAGUUGCUUCAGGAAUAGUCGUGAGGACAUGGCGAUCGCGGACACUGCGGCUACCGGCGGCAAUGAUGGAGAGACUACAAGACCCCAACCUGAGGCCACCAUUGAGACGUUUGACGACGACGCUUACGACGACCACGACCUGCUACAGGCUCUCCAGGCUGCAGAGACCGUCAACACUCCUCUGCCGUCGUCGGAUACCCCAGACGAGCAUGAGCCGGAGUCGGCGGCACGGGUCCAGCCAACCACCGCUAAGCAGGGUGACCCAGUUCCGAAAUCGAAGGGAUCGAAGAGUUCCAAAGCCAAAAUACCUUUAACCGCACUUGCACCAUCCGCAUCUGUCCUCCGUCGUUGCUCUUCCAGGUCGGCAGCCGCGGCGUGGAGGCAGAAGAUUAGUGCCAUCGUUACCGCCCAAGCUUCCUCGCAGAACGAAGGCCCAAGCCAACUUGACCCCGCACCCGAGCCUUCCUCUCCAUCUUACGAGAAGACGCAGGCUUCCGUCCCUGAGGUUGUUACUCCACCUCAGGAGAACACAACGUUGGCCGACCCAGAUAUUCACAUGACAGAGUCGUCGCAGGUAGUUCCAGAGCACCCCACGCCCCCGAAAGGACCGUACACUUACUCGAGAACAUCGCCGCAGAGACUGGCUCCUCUGGAACCCUCGCCUGUGAACCCAGCCACUUUAGACCUUGAUGAAAUGGUCGCCAGCUCGCUCGUGCGUCCGGAGCGCGUACCCGACAUUCCUCUUGAGGAGCCAUCGGGAGACAAUGGUGUUGUCGAGGAGAGCACGAGCAAGACAACUACAGUGAAGGACUCUGUCCCUCUCGUCAAGUCGAAGGCUAAGGGCCCAGCUCUAGCGCCCAAGUCCGACCAGCUCCCAACUCCCUCAGACACAAGGUCCGCCUCAUCUGCUCGUCCAACCACACUGGCCAAGAAGAAGACACCGAUCGCGAAGAAGAACAGUGUUCGUGGGAAGCGGAGCAAGGUCGAUAUAACUGACCGCCUCAGUACCCCCGUCGACACUACCAACGAGGACCAGAUCAUCCCUGUCGAUCCAGACGCAAAUUCCUCUGUUCCACAAGUGCCCGCCAAACGCCCCCGGGCUGCCAAAGCCGAGGUCGGACCAUGCGGCACGGUGUCGGCACCCAGUAAUGCCAUUUCCCGCUCUUCCAAGCGCACAUCACGUGUUACGCGCGGAGAGACGCUCGAAACAGAGACGCCAAACCCACUUCCUUCGAACUCGCCACUGCCGCGGGAGACUCGAGACUACUCAGCUGCUCCGGCCGAUAGUAAGAAGGGGUCGAGGCUUGCGAAGAUCGAGCCCAAGGCUGGAACCACGACGGCGACGAAGCUCCCGAAGGACCACACGACUGAGAACCAGAGCGAGGUGCCCGCAAUGACGAGUGGCUUGGACGACAUUGGCGACGUCGAGCUCGUAGACGCUCGCUCGAUGCCUCCACCAGCAACAUGGUUACCAAAUGCCGACGAUAGUUCGCUCGACUUACGCUCGCGAGAGAGCCCGAUGGUUGUGCCCGGCGCCUCUGACGGCGUGUUCUUUGCUACUCCGGUUCCGCACUCAUCCAUCGAGGCGAUAAUUGUCACCGACAUUGGGGCUUCUCGGGCGGGACGCAUCGUCAAUCCCCCUAAGCCUGACGUCCUGCGGGGAACAUCCCCGCACAAGCGCAAGGCAGAGGCCAUAAUCGACUUAACUCAUGGCUGGCCACCACCGCCAGACGGCGGAGUACUCCUGCCAGACUCCUACAUCGCGGCGUCUGACAUCGGUGCCCGUCGCACGGCCACCAGCCUCAGUCCGUCCUCUCCUCUCCUUGCUCCGACAUCCUCGCCCAUCGAGACGCCUACCAACUCCAACAUCACCUCCCCUUCAGUUGACUCCCUCGAUUCGAUGCUCGUUCUGAAACCCUCCCGCACGCCCAUCGCGUACCAUGACGUUCCAGGUGGUUAUGGCACGUCGGCCACGCAGAUGCAUCCUCGCAAGCCAGAGUCGAUUGCGUCUGUUGACGUGUUUGGCGACGUGUCGGCUGUCUCUUUAACCAGAGCCACGGGUGAGAAUGGUUCGGAGGGAAGUAUGUCUACCAGCACUCGCCCCACCACCAUUCAGCCUCCCAAGCUCAGGCCCUCUCUCCGGUCACCUCCUUUCCCCAACCACGAGGAUCGACCGUCGAAGCGCACACGUUUCGACUUACCUCCCCUCGUGGAACGGGUGCAGGAGCCUCGCAACUCUGCCUUUGGCGGCCGCAAGUCAGUCCGCGGGCUACUCACUUCGACUAUGCUUUUCACCGAGUUCUAUGAUCCCAUCGCGCGGUCGCUCAGCAACAAGGUCGAGGCCCCGAGUCGCGCGAUGCAGAAGGCCCGUCGCCAAAUUGAGCUCAGUGCCGGGGUGACCAUCCGGAAGUGGAUGGACGAGGGCAACCCCAACCUUGACGCCGUCUGGGCCUCGCAUGAGCAGCGCUCGACGCUGUUCAACGACCACAUGCGUGGCGUCUUCCAGAGAGCCAAGAACGAGAGCAAUAAGCGCCACAAGCGCGUACAGUCGCUAUGCGCGGAGGGCCGGAAGAAGCCGGUCUACCCGCCGUCGUACUGA